UCUUCUUCUACUCCGCCCCCAUCCACCAUCGGAUGCUAGCGAGUUCGCAGGGAUCGAAUUGCCAGGGAGAGCAUUGCUUCCCCUGGCGCGCCUCGACCCUCCUUGCUUCCUCUUUACUACUUGCCUCUGCUUCCUUCGCACCGGUGAUGUCCCAGUGGUGUCAACAGUUCCCCAGAAGGUUCUGGAGGGUUACGGGGUCAGGGGUAUCCUUCCUCCGGAGGAGGAGGGCGGCUGGUGGCGCGUCUAUGUGGAGCCAUUCCCUUACCCCCUCGAUGGUGAGGUCGUUCCUUACUGGAUUUUCUGGUGCACGGUUUGGGGCUGUUGCCUGUCAGCACACGAAUUCUUCUGCGACUUCCUCAACAUGGUCGACAUCAAGUUGCAGCGCCUGAAUCUCAAGGUGGUAGUGCAACUCACCAUGUUCAUGAACUCUGUGAGGCGUUCCUCGGCAUCCCCCUCACAUGGCUUUAUUCCUACGGCUUUUCAAGAUUUGAGGCCUACGGGUGGUAAAGCCGGGCCAUGACUAUGCGCCGGUGGGCUGGGCGGGGUGGCCGUCCAGAUCCACUCGAAGCUAUCCAGCCACUACUAGUGAGUGCCAACGCCGACCUCCAACCGAGGCCGGUACGAGGGGUGGUUCUACAUCCAAAACCCCACAAAGGGCCACCACCCUACCUUCACUGGCGCCGUGCCCCAAGAAGAGGAAGUCUUGGGAAUGGAAGUGCCCGCCCAGCUACCGGCAGGUGGUGAUGCGGUCAUCGAUGUCAUUAGCGACUGCGUGUAGCAUGGCCUCACCGGCGCUAGGCUCCUCCAGACGUCCGUCGAGCGCUAGGUCCAACCGCUGAAAAAGUGGGAGCAUGCACUCUUCCUAUACUGCGGGGCGGAUGAUCUGACCCCAAGGGUCCUAAGGACUUGCCUUCGCCGAGGUGGUCCGCAUAUGGAAGAGUUCCUCCCAAAUGGGGCCUCCAUAUUUACAGUCGGCUGUCUGGAGGCGUUUGGUGCGAGGAACCCUCCGAACCUGGGGCUCGGAUGAGUGAAGGACUCCCCGUCCUCAUGACUUAGUUGUCCUUGGUUCAUAGGGGCUCGUCCGAGGGUAAACCGGGGGCAGCACUGCAUGGACCAGCAGUUGGAUGAGGUGUAGGAGUGGUGGGGGUUAAAAUCCUGCAAGGUGGCGUGGAAUGUCCGCAUCUCGUAGUGUCAUACCGGGGGGGAGGGGGAGGCUGACAGAAGGAGAAAGCGACAGGUCCGCUGGCAAUGAGAAUGGCGACGCUCCGGAUCUCGAUGAUCCUUUUUUUAUGACCUAUUCUGCUCCGCAGGCCAGGGUGCCCCAGAUAUCCCUCACGACAACCUCGAAGCGGGGCCUGAUGCUAGAGCGGGCCGUUGGCGCUGAGAGUGUCGGGUUAUCCGCCCGGUUGCCUCGGCGGCUUGGAAACACGACUAUUCAACUCCACCCCCCCUCCCCCCCUCUAAAGGAAAGAGUUAUUCCAAAUGGCAUGCCAAGUUAUGUAAAAUAAUGAGAUAUGCUUAGAACAUGCUAAGUUAUCUUCUACCUUUUUAUUUUUUUCAGACAGUUUACAUGACAUAAUGAAUACUUAAUAUGGUAGACUUGGCCUAAAUUUAGUUAUGAUGUGCACUAUCGUUGAUUUGCAUUUUUUUUAUGGAAUGUUAUAUUAGUGCUAAGAGCCUAAAACCUAAGAAAUGUUUGGAUCAAAAAGGAGGUGCACCUCUUUACAGCUUGAUGUUUAUAUGGAACUAUCCUUACGAGUAGGACAAUAUCUGUAGCACAAAUGAUGUAUUAUUUUACAAAUAUUUCUAUAACCUUUUUAAUCUGUUUUCCUGCCGUAAAUUUGCUGUUAUGGUAUAAAUACUUUUUUACCUCAAUUUGUCAUUUUUCUUUGGGAAACCCUGACAAUGUUUUUCCUUUUGAAAAAAAAAUACACAACAUCCUUGGCUUCAAAAAAAGAAAGCUCCUAAUAAGGUUCCUCUUCGUGAUAUUGUGAGAUGGAGGCUCAAAGAAUUUUCAAGGAUGAGUAGAUUCAAAAGAAGGGAUCUAAGGGUCAUUGCUGAUCAUUUCUCUGCCGAGGAAGUUGAAGACAUAAAGGAGAUGUUCAAGACUAUGGAUGCUGACAACGAUGGGAUUGUAUCUUAUCAAGAACUAAAGACUGGACUAGCAAAACUUGGUUCUCAACUUGUGGAAUCGGAAAUGCAGAUGCUCAUUGAAGCUGUGGAUACAAAUGGUAGGGGAGCACUCGAAUAUGGAGAAUUUUUGGCUGUCUCACUUCAUUUAAAAAGGAUGGCAAAUGACGAGCACCAUCGGCGGGCCUUCCUAUUUUUUGACAAGGAUGGGAAUGGCUUCAUUGAGCCUGAGAAGCUUCGAGAGGCUCUAGUGGGUGAUGGAGCAGCUGAUAGCAAGGAAGCGGUGAAUGACAUAUUGCACGAAGUUGACACUGAUAAGGAUGGCAAGAUUAGCUAUGACGAAUUUGUAGCAAUGAUGAAGACUGGUAGGAGAAAGGCGUCCCGGCAACUACUCAAUACAAGAGGAAGAUUUAACAGCCUUGGCAUGAAGCUUAUAAAGGAUGGGUUGGUAAAAUUGAGUGUUGAGUGAAACCUGCGACCAUCGUCGUCCGCCCGGCCCACUAAGCGGCAGAUCUAUAGCCCUUCUUUUUCCCAUGAUUAUCCUGCGUGAAAAUUUAGAUAGGUGAACCCUCCUGAAUUGGCUGACCUGUGUAAUUAGCCCUCCCAGUUUUGCUGACGAUCACCGAUACCGAAUGUUAUACCGGCCAGAUGCUGUGCGUCUGCUUUCUCCAGUUUGAUCCCGUGGCACCUGAUGCCAAGUGUUCUCCAACACAAUGUUUUACAGUCUUGAAAUGCAGUUUGUUGACCUAGCGUGAUAUGGCAGUGGCAAAGUU